GCCAUAGCACUGGCGACGUCUCUGGCAUAAAUGCAAGGAGGAUGUAUAGCUGAUAUAGUAUCUUGUGGAACAGGAUUUGAUUUUGCAAGCGGUUCGGUACGAACGAAGAAAUUUCAAACAAAAGGAUCGGAACUCGCUCAUAGGAAAGGAGAGAAAAACAAAGCAAUGCCAAGAGCUCUGUCAAUCUGCUGUUCAUCGAUAGACGAAGCUCUCUCUUUAUCAUCUCGCGCCAGAUGCAACAAAGAAUGAGUCCUUCUUUUUCCUUCUCGCGAACCACGGGAGCGCCUAGCACCUAGAGGAGCAAAGCUCAAUUUCCUUUCAGGGUAAAGCGGCGCAUAAAAAAGGGCUGGCCCGUCAAACGUCUGGUUCCUUCGCGAACGAAGUUCAGAAUCAACAAGGGUUCGUAGAACGAAGGGAGUAUACAACUGGGGUGCAGCCCCACUUUUUUGUUCGUAACGAGGGAGAGAUAGAAUGGAGUUCUUCACGAAGUUCGAGACAAAGUAAUAAAAAACUUCUCUAUGGCCUCCUCGUUUUGAGACAUUAUGGCUUUGGGGUCGACCCCGGUAACAAAGAAGGAAUCCAUAAAAACGUGGGAUCCGACACCAUGAUAAAAUACUCAAUUUCAAAGUGAGUAAACAGAAUUCCAUACUCGAUCUCAUAGAUACAUAUGGAUACAUAUAGAAUUCUGUGGAAAGCCGUAUUUGAUGAAAGUCGCAUGUACGGCUUGGGGGGAGAUCUUUCAUAUCUUUCGAGAUCCACCCUACAAUAUGGGACCAAAAAGCCAAAAUAAAUCAUUUUAGCCCUUAGAAGUUAUAAAAAAAAACAGAUUAUCCCUUUCACGCUCAUGUCAUGGCGAGGUACUGUAGAAGAAAAAACCGCAAAAUCCGAUCCAAUUUAUCGUAAUCGAUUAGUUAACAUGUUGGUUAACCGUAUUUUGAAACACGGAAAAAAAUCAUUGG